GGAGCGUAUUUCGGGUAUCUAGGGUGGUAGGGUCGAAAAAGGAGGGAAACCCCAUAAACCCUAAAACCCACCACUGAACUCUCUCUCUCUCUCUCUCCCUCGGCCAUAAACCCACGAAAGUUCAAUGUGUACGAGAAAUCUUUCCCUCAGUUGAACUUUCUUCUUCCUUACGAUUCGGAAGGGGUUGUGACUGUGGGCUGACUGUGAGAAGUGGUUCAAAGUUCAAACCUAGUUUCACACAGUCCAAUGGCGAGGCUUCUUCGGAACGCUUUCUUUCUCAAUCGCACUCUCUCCGCUCCACAGGGUUUUAGUAAAAGGGUGCCUGUAGCUACUUCUUGCGUCUGCAAUUUUUCGAGCAAGGGUAAAAAGAAAUCAAAAUCAGAUGGAAGCGACUCCAAUGAUGAGAAUUUGUCCAAAAAAGACCUGUCCCUGAAGCAAGCAUUAGAUCAGAUCACUACCUCAUUUGGAAAGGGAUCGAUCAUGUGGUUGGGUCGGUCGUCCGUUUCUUCUAAAGUUCCUGUUGUGUCAACGGGAUCUUUUGCUUUGGAUGUGGCAUUAGGGAUCGGUGGCUUCCCUAAGGGACGUGUUGUGGAGAUAUAUGGUCCAGAAGCUUCUGGGAAAACAACCCUUGCUCUUCAUGUAAUUGCUGAAGCACAGAAGCAAGGAGGUUAUUGUGUUUUUGUUGACGCUGAGCAUGCUCUGGAUCCAGCACUUGCUGAGGCUAUUGGUGUAAAUACUCAAAAUUUGCUUCUCUCACAACCAGAUUGUGGCGAACAAGCUUUGAGUCUUGUGGAUACCCUAAUAAGGAGUGGUUCAGUUGAUGUUGUGGUGGUCGACAGUGUUGCUGCCCUUGUUCCCAAAGGUGAACUCGAUGGUGAAAUGGGUGAUGCACAUAUGGCAAUGCAAGCUAGAUUGAUGAGCCAGGCCCUCCGGAAACUGAGCCACUCUUUAUCUUUAUCACAGACAAUUUUGAUAUUUAUAAACCAGGUGAGGGCAAAGUUAUCUACUUUUGGAUUUGGUGGGCCCACUGAAGUUACUUGUGGUGGCAAUGCGCUAAAAUUCUAUGCAUCAAUGCGCUUAAACAUAAGGAGAACAGGGCUUGUUAAGAAGGGAGAAGAGACUAUUGGGAGUCAAGUGCUUGUAAAGGUUGUGAAGAACAAGCAUGCCCCUCCUUUUAGAACUGCACAAUUCGAGCUCGAGUUUGGCAAAGGGAUAAGUCGCGAGGCAGAAAUCAUUGAAUUGGGACACAAGCACAAGUUUAUAACAAAGAACGGUUCGUUUUAUGUGUUGAAUGAUCAUACCUAUCAUGGUAAGGAUGCUAUAAAAAAGCACCUUGCUGAGAACUCUAUUGUGAAAGAGGAACUUAUUAUGAAGCUAAGGGAGAAGCUGCUUGAUUACUCUGAGGAAAAUGAAAAGGAGUCCGAGACCGAGGAUGCAGAAAAGGGCCUCACAGAGGAGAUUAUUUCACCUGAUACUACUGACGAAGAUGAAAUUACUGCAGUUGUGGCCUAACAGUGUGGAUGUGCUCAAAGACACGAAAUGGGAAAACCUAUCCCUGAUCUUUGGUACGAACGACGCCUGGGAUCUAAAUUUUGCAUUCUCAUGCUUGGAAGGUGAGUCCAUCAUCCAUUCCGACCGUUGGCAUACUUUUUCCCGAAUUGAGGGCCUUUGUAUCAUGUGUCCUUGUAGUGUCGGAAAGUUGAGUUUAGAAACUACAGUUUCAAAGAGGGCAUUUUCUAUGUUAAGGUUCGGUCGGUGAUCCCUAUUGCUGGUUGUCAAUUACGUUUUUGUGCUUCUGAGUGCAUCGGAAGCGUUGGUCUUACUGUACAACUUGAUGAACUAAAGCAAUCGACGUCGUGUUUUGUCCCAUUUCUGCA